AUGGGCCUUUAUUCAGAUCCCCCGCCCAUGAUGGCCUUUGCAGAGGUCAAGCCCACCUUGCUCGUCUGCUGGUGGAGCACCGUCUUCUGCCUCACCAUCAUCCUCCUCCGCAUCGCCGGUCGCUUCAUCCGCUCUGAGCGGCUGUUUAUAGAGGACCGUGUCGUGUCCUUGGCCAUCAUCCCGCUCUUCAUUCGCAUGGGCUGCGUUCACGUCAUUCUCAUCUACGGCACCAACAAUGUUGCACUCGAUAGUUUCGAGCUUUCAGAGGUGAACCUCCACCGCCGUGCUGUGGGUAGCGGCCUCGUCCUUGCCAGUCGCGUCUUCCACGCCGCAACGUACGUUUAUGUGCCUCCCAUGCAAGCUGCAAGCUACGCCGCCAGGCUUCAUGCCUAUGCUAACACACCUAGUUUAUGGAUCUUCAAGAUCGCCAUUCUCGAGUUCUUCAAGCGUAUCAGUGAUGCAUUGUCAGAACGCUUCUCACAAGUCGCUCUCAUCGCUAUUCGCUGCUUCCUCGUCGUUACCUUUAUUGCUGUCGUUGUCAGCGACCUGUCCGAGUGCCAUCCUUUUGUGCACUAUUGGCAGGUCGCCCCAGACCCGGGCGGCCAAUGUCGCCAGGGCUUUGCCCAGCUGCUGACCAUGUCUGUCUGCAACGUCUUCACAGACCUCCUGCUGGUCCUUUUCCCCGUCCCGUUCAUCUUCUUCAGCCACCAGUCCGUCAAGCGCAAGGUCCAGCUCAUCCUCCUUUUCUCACUCAGCCUGGGCGUCGUCGGCAUCACGAUUUAUCGCGCCACCCGUGUCAUCCAGGCGCACGGCAACCAGCAGCUGCGCUCCCUGCUCGCUUCUGUCGAGCUUCUCUUUGCCACCGCGGCCGCCAACUCACUUGUUCUGGGCUCUUUUGUCCGUGACCGCGGUGUCAAAAAGAACAAGUUCCGUGCAGGGUCCGUCGUCGACUCCAUGGAGCGCUCCAGCGUCGUUCGCUCCCGCCGCCCAACGGCUAAUCGCCAUUGGGGCAGCGACGAAGACCUCGUGCGCGAUCUGGGCCUUGGAGUCCAGCCCGAGCUGCGCGACGCCCCCGACUCGUUUAUUGGCGAUGACAUCAUGUUUGGCUCACCGGGCGGACGUGCCGUCCGGCCUGCGCCCAUCCUUAAAGUGGACGGCUCGGCCGUCGACCCGCUGCAUCAAGCCCACGACAAUAGCGGCGAAGGCAGCAGCCACAGUGGCGGCGACAGCGGUGUCGGUCAUGGCAACGGCCAUGGCGCUGCGGGCGACUUUGGUUCGUGGCAGUUCCCCGAAAACAGGCGCCGUAGUGCCGCAACGAGCAGCGCUCAAAGUGCCCAGAGCGGUUUGAGCGGCCUCAGCGGCCAGAGCGACGACGAUACGCUUCUGGCCCGGGACCCUCUGAGUCCCGCUUCGCGCAACAACUCGACAUUCACGCCGCGCAAGGUGGCCUUCUUUGAUGCAGGCAACCUCCUGGGCGGCGAUGGUGGCAGCGGUGACAACGAAUCUGAGCCCGAUACGCCCCGGACCAGUACGGCCGGCGGCGUCCGCUCGCCGACCAGCAUUGGUGGGGGCGUUAUGCGCUCGUCCACGGACAGCAUGCCGCCGUCGCCCGCCCAUACGGCGAGUGGGCGUGGCUUCCGGCGCGGCUCGACAGCUCUGCUGCAAGAUCUGGGUGGCCUGCUCGGGCCCCCGACCUCACGGAACCGGCAGCGAUCCGAUGUCCACUCUCCGACGCUCCAGACGCUACCCCAGGGUACGCCGAUGCAAAUGCCGCCGUCGCCUCUGUCCUCGUCGCAGUCGCCUACUCAGUCGGGUCAUGCAACGCCAUCCAACUUGGACAACCUGACGUUGAUGGACCCAGGCGGCUUGCUCAGCCCGGGAACGCACCGCAGGGUGUAA